CUAACUUCACGUGUGUUUAGUGUUGUCCUCAAGAUGUAACAGUGAGGGUGAACGAUUUUAAAAUGUGAUUGUUUGAAUAAUGUGUGGUAAUUUUAAUUUUCUCUUAUCGCAAUGGUUUGACUGAUCAAAAAUGCAUUCAACUGGCACCAAUUCGCAAGACUCCAGCGACGAUUCCCAUCAGAAAUUCAAUUUGUCCGAUAGUACAGGUACUCGAGCAAAAUUCCGUUUUCCACCGAAGCCCCGGCUCUCAAAAAGCGUGAAUAAUUCCUACGUGUCGUCGCAAUCCGAUAGUUCAACAAGCGCACAAUCUUCCCGCAAGCCAAAGCGGAAAACAACCCAAUCAAAUCGACUGCCACCUUUGGGUAUAUUCUGGGAUAUUGAAAACUGCCAAGUACCCAAAAACACGAGCGCUUCAGCUGUAGUACAAAGAAUCAGGGAAUUUUUUUUAGAAAAAUACCGCGAAGCCGAAUUUCUGGUCGUUUGCGAUGUGAAGAAGGAACGGCCGCAAGUCAUACAAGAGUUGCACGACUCACAAGUGAAUUUGAUCCACGUGGCGUCCACGUCGAAGAACGCCGCCGACGAGAAGUUGCGCCAGUCGUUGAGGCGUUUUGCGGAAGUGUUUCCGGCGCCUUCAGCGGUGGUUCUAAUUUCCGGCGAUAUCAACUUUGCUGCUGAUUUAUCCGAUCUCAGAUAUCGCAAAAAAAUUCGGGUGAUACUAGUUCAUAAUACGAACGUUGCUGAUGCUUUAAUUUUAUGCGCCAACGAGCACUACUCCUACGGGAACAUCACCGAAGGCCUCCCGAAGGAAAAGCCCAAGGGCCCACCAAAGGAAUUGUCCUUUUUACAAAUCUCCAACCUACCGACCAACAUAAAUGCGUCCACUAUCAAAAACCGUUUGAAUUUUUUAAGCAAUAAUUGCGGGGGACGUGUGGUGGAAGUCCAACAUGACGAAGGGGUUGCCUACAUCCGGUUCUCCAAUCAGGACUUCGCCAACAGGGCACAGAAACGAAUUCAUGGAGAGGAUGUCUUCGGGAACAAGAUCAAAGCUGUUACGCCGACCUUGCGGAGUUACACCGGGCGGAAGGUUAAGGAUGGGGCGUUCCAAGGGGCUCGGGGGCAAGACAAGAGGUUUCACGAGCAAGAAUUCGGCGUCCGUCCAAUGGCCCAAGCAUCGUCCCUUAUGGACGUGAGUUACUCAACUCGUCGUCCUCGGACACCUCAGGAAACCACCCUCCAGCAGGUGCUGCCAAAUCGUGUUCGUCGCGCAAGCGGAAGUUCCGAAUACAGCGACGAUGGCAAUAAAAUGCUAACUGAUUGUUCCAAACCCGUGGAUCUUAUUAUUUCAAACCUGGAUCCUGCACUAAAUGUUAAAGAAUUGCGAAGAUUGCUAACAAAUAUGUUGAAGGAAUAUGCCACGAUUUUGAGUUUGAAAGUAGUGAUGCAAACUGAUGGCGUUCCCGUGGCUAGCAUCAGAGUGAAUAAUCAACAGGCGGCUCAGUUUAUUAUUUCGCAGCUUCAUAGACAAAAGUUGGGGCAUAAGAGGAUCAUGGUGUCUUAUGGACAGAGUAAUUCCCCGGAUCCAGAGGAGCUGAGGGCCAUGGUUAUAAGCAUAUUACAGGAAGCCCCCGACAACAACAUGCCCCUUUUCAAAUUCAUGGAACUGCUAGAAUCGCGUUUCCAUUGCACCGUUUCCGUUUCGGAAGUGAACAAACUGAAAGACAUUAUCAAAAUCAGCGACAAUCUCGGCUCUCGCAUCAUUUCAUUCACCCAACAAAUGAAAAUUUUCCCGCCACCGAACUUGAGCAAGACUCUAACACCGUACUGUACAAUCCACUGCGCCGGUGGUUUACCCAAUCUCGGUUGGUGCGAACUGAACACCAACCAAAGCCCCAACAUCAUGAUGUCUUUACGCCAGUUCGCCGCCGCCCUCGACGAACUCCUCACCCUGCACAUGGAUUCCAUGCCAUUACUGAGUUUCCAGGUCUGUUACGAGCACGUGUGCCAUCAGCCGCUUCCGGUGGACGCCUCCGGCGUGCCUCUGGAGCACUUGAUCUCGUGCGUGCCCAACGUCGAGAUUAAAAACUCCGGUCCGAAUAAAAACAUCAAAGUUAUUAAGCGCGAAUUGAAGGGCGAAGUCGACGAGGAGACGGUGUUGAAAGCUGUGCCCCCGUCUUUGGCCCCCAACAUCAUCCUGCUGUGUCGGGAGGUGGUCGAUUUGCUCAAAACCACCGAUAGAUGUCAGCUGCUCCUCAGUAAAUUUAUCCCAGCCUACCACCACCAUUUCGGGCGUCAGUGCCACGUUGCUGAUUACGGUUACAUCAAAUUAAUUGAUUUAUUCGAAUCAAUUCCACAUGUUGUGCAAAUAAUCGGCGACGGGACGCGAAAAAUCAUCACGCUUUCGCAUCAAGCGCAAAUGCGCCGUUUUACGUCGGAUCUGUUGCGAGUGUUGAAAGUCCAGCCGGCAAAGCAGAUCACUGUGGGCGAUUUCCCGGCCGCCUAUGAACGGGUCAUGAACCGGGUGUUCAAUCCCGUUGAUUAUGGAUUAUGCACGUUUCAAGAUUUACUGGAAGAGGUGCCCGAUAAUGUUGUGGUGAUUACGCAUAAUGAUGAUAAUUUGGUGAUUUCGGUGCCGAAACGCGAACAAACCGCCAAAGAAAUUAUGAAAACUAAGCAAUUUGCAAUGGAGGUUAUUGAUAUUUUGAGACAUUCCCCCAAUUGUACGAUGCUUUUUACCAAGUUUGUGCCGGCGUAUCAUCAUCAUUUUGGACAUCAGUGUAGGGUCUCGGAUUAUGGGUUUACCAAGUUGAUCGAGUUGUUUGAGGCGAUCCCUGAUGUGGUCAAGAUUCAAGAGUUAGUCGAGGGUGAACGUACCAUAAGCCUUACGUUGAUCCAAUCGCUCAAGAUUUUGGGCGCGCAAAUAGUGAGUUUUGUGAAGAAUUCACCGACCUCGAGUAUUUUACUCGACGAACUUCCGGGGAUUUACCUGAAAGAGUGCGGCUAUCCGCUCAAGCCGCAAGUGUACGAAUCGGAGACGUUGUUGGAGUUGUUUGAGAAACUCAGUGAUUACGUCCAGGUUGUUGAUACGAGUUCUGGCCGUUUGGUGGUGGCCGUCGAUGCGAAUUUCCUCGCCGUUGCCAAAAUUCGGGUCUGGGCCAUUUUACUGAAGGCCCCAUAUCGUAAAGAAUUUUCCAAUUUCAAAUACGAAUAUCAAUCAAGGUACAAUAGCGAUAUUGGAAUCAACGAUUUGAAACAGUUGCGCACUAUUGUGACGUUAUCGGUGGAUAACGAUGGAAUCUACAUCGCUUUAACCGAUUUAUACGUCAUUGCGGCCCAACUGUACCAUCUACUGUACACCAAUGGUGGGUCCAUUUUGUUCACUAAUUUACCAAGACUGUACUAUCAAGCAUUUGGCAAAAAUGUUCGACUUUCGGAGUAUAAAAUCAACACGAUCGAUCAAUUGUACGAACAGUUCGAUUUUUUGUUUUUUAUCUGUGGUUACAAGAAGAGUGUGCUUGCACUGAACCGGAAUUUGGCCGAAUAUCAGGUACCCGUACCUUCGCAAAUUUGCAAUUGGAAUCAUCAGACGAAGAAAUCGGCGCCACCUCCGAUAACUAAAUCGUCAGGGGCGGUUCGGAAAUAUUCUCCGCCCAAACCCGACACUCCGCCCACUCCUUCUUGGAGCAUUUGGAGCCCGCUGAGGAACCCCUCUCACGAGUCCGAAGUGAAUUUGGCAAUUGAAUUGCCCAUAAUCCAAAAUCCGCAACCGAUGGGUAAUCCGUAUGACUUGAUUUCGCCAGCGAAGCUCCUGUUUUCAACAAACCAAAAUCCGUGGGGCAAAGCCCCCGAUCCGGCCGAACUGCCAAUGCCUGAUAAACUAAUGAUGAAAGGUGUGUCUGAUGAUUCGACUGAUUCUGGUGUUAAUUCAAAAUUGGAAAAUUCACCGUCUGAUAACGAAACUGAAUCAGGGGCUUGCGGGUCAGGCGCCAAACGUCGUUUCCCCAAUUAUUUGAACUUCGAUAAGUAAGUAUCGUCUACUUUAAGUUGUCACUGUGAUUGUAUUUGUUAAGUUUUUUAUUGUUCAAGUUGGUGACACUGUCGGUUGGAUGGGUAGCGUUACCAACUUAAUUUAUUGUCUGUAAUUUACUUUAUAAUGUACUGAUGAAAGAUUUCGUUGCUCAGAUGUUGUACAAAUAUUUUUAUAAUCUUCGUGACUUUGUAAUUAUGUUCCGUGUACUUUAAGUUUUACCAGCAUUGUAAAAUUUUUGAAAAUAAAUAAAUUUGUACUUUUCCAAUAAUUAACAA